AUGUUCAGGAGCGUACAAAAGGCAGGCAUCCGGGUCAUGCCCGCAAGCCGAGUCGAGAGCCUCAUGAUCUCUGGCAAAAACCAUCGUAUUACGGGCGUGGUCGUACAGCUUAUCAGUCCUGGUUGGAAGUCCUUCAAUCGUCACGAGUCUCACGCGCCGUGGUCAAAAGCUUCAGCUUUCCGUUCCUGGGCUGACCGAUGUGUUCCUCAGCCGCGCAAGAAGCAGCUCCCAGAACUUCGCCAAGUGGCGCCCCAGGGCACUCGCGGCGACAACGGAUCAGGCAAGCGGCUUGGUCAGUCUGUAGGCGGCGUGACGGGCAAUAUGGACCCCUUUCGAGAGAGCGUCAUCGUCUCGCAUGAGGGCCGGCGCUUCAUCACCGAGCCCAUCAGCGGCCUGUUCAUAGCUGAUGGCGCUUUUGGCCCGCUUAAGCAAGCCAACGGUCGGUAA